CCCAUCCACACCUACAUCCUGGGAGCAGCCAGCCAGGAAACCCUUCACUUCUUCCCCAGUGCUGACGGCUGUGAGCUGGCAGACAACAUCACCUACCUGGGUCGUCGUGGUGUUUUCACUGGGGCGUCAGGCCUGCAGAUAGCAUAUGUGAGUGGUCGUGAGGGGCAGCAGGAUCCGACUCCAGCUCACUGCUUCUCUCCUAAAGACCUCACUCAGCUGGUGGAGCCACUGAUUAGCAACAACCAGUUCAGAGGAGUGGACAUCCUGCUGACAUCACAGUGGCCCCGCGGAGUCUGGCAGUACGCCAACAGCCCCGAAGUCAACACUAAGUUCUGUGGAACGACCUCCAUCUCCCACCUGGCUUACAAGCUGAAGCCUCGCUACCACUUUGCUGCGGUAGAAGGAGUUCACUAUGAGAGACUACCUUACAGGAAUCAUGUUGUUCUUCAGGAGAAUACUCAGCAUGUCAGCAGAUUUAUCGCCCUGGCAACCGUCAACAACCCAGAGAAGAGAAAGUACCUGUAUGCCUUCAACAUUAUCCCCAUGAAAAGCAUGGAGGCAUCAGAACUGGUCAAGCAGCCUCAGGAUGUCACUGAGAGCCCUUACAGCAGGAUGGUUAGAGAGAACACUCUAUCUGACCCUACUGUCCAGCUCACCAGCGGUCCCUGUUGGUUCUGUCUGGCCAGCCCUCAGGUAGAGAAACACCUGGUCAUCAGCAUUGGGACACAUUGCUACCUGGCCCUUGCUAAGGGCAGUCUAACCCCUCAGCAUGUGUUGGUACUGCCCAUCGGUCACUACCAGUCUGUAGUGGAACUGAGCUCUGAGGUGGUUAAAGAACUGGACCGAUACAAGAUGGCUGUCAGGACCUUCUAUAAGAGCAAAGGACAGCGCUGUGUUCUGUUUGAGAGGAACUACCACAGCCAACACCUACAGAUCCAGGUAGUACCAGUACCGGAGGAUAAGUGUACCACUGAAGAUAUUAAAGAAGCCUUCAUGCUGCAGGCGCAGGAACAGAACAUGGAGCUGAUGGAGAUACCACAACACACUGACCUCAAACAGAUUGCUCCUCCAGGGACACCGUACUUCUACGUAGAGCUGGACUCUGGAGAGAAACUCUUCUACCGCAUUCAGAAAAACUUCCCUCUGCAGUUUGGCAGGGAGGUGUUGGCCAGCGAGGCAUUGCUGAACAUCCCGGAGAGGGCCGACUGGAGAGAGUGUAAACAGACCCCAGAGGAGGAGGAGGGUCUGAGCAAACAACUACGAAACGACUUCCAACCAUACGACUUUGCACUGGAAGACUGAACACCGACACACACUGUACCGUACAGGAGGGGUGUAAUGGUACACGUUUUCAUACUGAACCAUUGGGUACGGGGACUUGUGGAUGAACAACACCAGUCCUAUAGUCUGUGUUGUGCUGUAGGCCUGUGUCUGCAGUAAAGCUGAACAUUUCAGUCUAUUCCGUUGAAACAACUAGAGCCUAUGUGCACGUUGUAAUCAAAAUUCAAAUCUUAAUUGGCGCAUUUCAAAAACCGUCCUUUUGUGAGGCACAGCCGGGAACUAGUUCUGUACGAUGGUGAUUGGUGGGGUCAAACCAUAACCAGAGGAUUCUCCAUCGAUGGUGAUUGGUGGGGUCAAACCAUAACCAGAGGAUCCUCCAUCGAUGGUGAUUGGUGGGGUCAAACCAUAACCAGAGGAUCCUCCAUCGAUGGUGAUUGGUGGGGUCAAACCAUAACCAGAGGAUCCUCCAUCGAUGGUGAUUGGUGGGGUCAAACCAUAACCAGAGGAUCCUCCAUCGAUGGUGAUUGGUGGGGUCAAACCAUAACCAGAGGAUCCUCCAUCGAUGGUGAUUGGUGGGGUCAAACCAUAACCAGAGGAUCCUCCAUCGAUGGUGAUUGGUGGGGUCAAACCAUAACCAGAGGAUCCUCCAUCGAUGGUGAUUGGUAACCAGAGG